AUGAAGGAGACAAAUUGCCCGUCUGUUGAGCCCCAGUCCUCGACCUUUCCUCCCUUCCCUUUCUCUCUCUGUCCUCUCUCUUCUUACCAUAUUCCCCUUCCCUCUUACAGCUACAAGUCAACUGGAACGCUCGCCAGAAUGUCUCAAGCUCAGGAGCAGUUCCCCAAGCACCAGCCGGCCCUGACCGAGAAGUUGGCGGCAGUCCGUGACGUCCUUCACAAGUCCAUCUCCCCAAUCCCUCCUCACCCCGAACCAUCUCCCAGCGCCACCGCUCAGGAGGCAGAACCAACCACACUUCUCCAAGAUGUCAAGAAGCUCGGCUUCGAGGACGUUGACACGCUAGUCGACUUCCUCGGCUCCGCCGUCAGAGGUCAAAUCGACGACAAUGACAUGCUCUUGGAGCGCCUCAUUGAACUCUUCUCCAAGCUGCCACCCGGCACGGUGAAGGGCAAGAAGCUGGAGUACGGCCUAAUCAACCAGCUGUGGAAUGGCGUCGAACACCCGCCGAUGACAACGCUGGCCGAGGAGCACAAGUACCGCGCCGCCGACGGCUCCAACAACAACAUUCACAGCCCAAAGAUGGGCGCCGCAGGCACAGCAUACGCGCGGUCAGCACCGCCCAUCGCGUACCAGAAUCCCAACCAGCCAGAGCCCAGCCUCGUCUUCGACAUGCUCUUCGCCCGAGGGGAUGACUUCAAGCCUCACCCCAACAAGAUCUCGAGUGUUUUGUUCUACUUGGCCACCAUCAUUACCCAUGACAUCUUCCAGACUGACGGUCUCAGCGGUGUCAACAAGACGUCCUCUUACUUGGACCUUGCGCCCCUCUAUGGUCGCAACCAGGAAGAGCAAGAUGCUGUGAGAACAAAGCUGGAUGGCAGACUGAAGCCCGACUCCUUCUCCUCCAAGAGAGUGCUCGGCUUUCCUCCCGGAGUUGGCGUCAUGUUGAUCAUGUUCAACCGCUUUCACAACUACAUCGUGACUCAGCUCGCCAGCAUCAAUGAGAACAACCGCUUCGAUAGACCGACGGGCCCCGUCCCAGACCCGUCCGAUGACGCGCCAGAGGUGCCUGAAAAGCCCGAGAGCGACGUUGACCAGGACUCAGCAGAGUACAAGGCGUAUCUGACCAAGAAGGCCGCCUCCGACUCUUGGAACGCCUGGGCCAAGUACGACAACGAUCUCUUCCAGACGGCCCGUCUCAUCACCUGUGGCCUCUAUGUCAGCAUCGUCCUCCGUGAUUAUGUACGCACCAUUCUGAACAUGAACCGCACGGCCUCCAGCUGGGCCUUGGACCCCCGUACCAACGAGGGCAAGAGCAUCCUCAGGGGCGAGACUCCCGAAGGCACCGGCAACCAGGUGUCGGUGGAGUUCAACCUCAUCUACAGGUGGCACUGCACCAUCUCGCCCAAGGACGACAAAUGGACUCAGGAGAUGUUUGCCAAAGAGCUGAAGCACCCGAGCGAUCCUGACAAGAAGGUCGAGGACUUCACUCUGAAGGAGUUUGGUCACGCCAUCAGAGACUGGGAGCAGCGCAUUGAUGAAGACCCGGUCAAGCGUGGCUUCGCCGAUCUCAAGCGUGGCAAGGACGGUUCUUUCCGCGAGGAAGACCUGGCCAAGAUUUUCAAGGAGUCUGUUGAGGAUGUGGCCGGCUCCUACGGCGCCAACCGCAUCCCCGAGAUCAUGAAGCCCAUCGAGCUGCUGGGCAUCAUGAACGCGCGAAAAUGGAACGUUUCUAGUCUUAACGAAUUUCGGGAAUUCUUUGGGCUCACGAGGCACCCGACAUUCGAGGACAUCAACCCCGACCCCGAGGUCGUCAAGAAGCUCCGAUACCUGUACGGCACCCCCGACCAGGUCGAGCUGUACCCGGGGCUGGUCGCUGAGAAGGCCAAGCCGCCGAUGGCUCCGGGCAGCGGACUGUGUGGAAACUUCACCAUGACGCGAGCAAUUCUGAGUGAUGCCGUUGCCUUGGUCCGUGGCGACCGUUUCUACACGAUCGACUACACACCUAAGAACCUGACCAACUGGGGAUUUAACCAGGCCAGUUACGAUCACAAUGUUGACCAGAGCCACGUGCUGUACAAGCUGGUGUACCGCGCGUUCCCAAACUCGUUCAAGCAGAACAGCAUCUACGCGCAUUUCCCGAUGACGGUGCCGUCGGAGAACAAAAAGAUCCUCGAGAGCAUCGACAGGGCGUACCUGUACUCGUGGGACGAGCCCAAGACGAAGACGAGCACGAUUCCCGUCUUCUCGCACAAGGCCGUCAGCGAGAUCCUCUACAACCAGACGGACUUCAAGGUCACCUGGGGCGAGGCGAUCCGGCACCUGGUGGCGCAGCCCGGCAAGGAGUACGGAAAGAACUUCUGCCUGGCCGGGGACGGCAAGGCCAACAUGCUGAACCGCACGCAGAUCCGCAAGGCGCUGAUCUCGGGUCCGUGGGAGCAGGAGGUGUGGAGGUGGUACACGCACAUGACGCCCAAGCUGUUGGAGCAGAACAGCUUCCCGAUACGCAAGGGCGUCAACGAGGUGGACAUUGUACGCGACGUCAUCAACCUGACCAACACGCGCUUCAACGCGGCGCUCUUCUGCUUGCCCAUCAAGAACGAGGACUCGCCGUGGGGCGUGUACACGGACCAGGAGCUGUACAUGGUGGUGGCCACGCUCUUCCAGUCCGUCUUCCUCGACGCCGACGUGGCCAACAGCUUCAAGCUGCGCACGAUUGCGCGCGAGCUCGGCCAAGGGCUCGGCAAGCUCAUGACGGUCGUUGUGCAGGCCGUCGCCAAGGCCGGCUUCAUCACGGACAUUGUGGCCAAGAUCCGCGAGGGCGAGGCGUCGCUGCCGACGUUCGGCAACCACCUCAUCGAGCGGCUCAUCGCCGACGGCAAGGACAUUGACGAGGUCAUCUGGGGCACCAUCAUGCCCGUCGUCACGGCCAACGUCACGAACCAGUCGCAGGUCAUGGCGCUGUGCAUCGACUACUACCUCGGCGAGGGCAAGCAGUACCUGGGCGAGCUGUACGACCUGGCCCACCAGAACACGGCCGAGGCGGACGAGAAGUUGAUGAAGUACAUGCUCGAGGGAUGCAGACUCCGCGGCACUGUCGCCGUCUACCGCGAAGCCGCCACCAACCAGGUGAUCACCGACUACGCCCCCUGUCUGCUGGACCCCAACGACCCCUCUUCGCGGACGCCCGUCGUCAACGACGACAUCGAGGGCACCAAGUACGAGGUCAAGAUCCCCAAGGGCCAGCGCGUCCUCUGCAACCUCAUGACGGCCGGGCGUGACCCGACCAUCUUCGAGGCGCCGGGCGAGGUGCGCCUCGACCGGCCGCUCGAGUCGUACGUCCACUUCGGCCUCGGCCCGCACUGGUGCGCCGGCAAGGAGAUCAGCCGCGUGGCGCAGACGAGCCUGUUCAAGCAGAUCGUCGGCCUCAAGAACCUCAGGCGGGCCGAGGGCGGCCGCGGCAAGCUCAAGAACAUGCCGGCGGGCGUGUGGAACGGCCAGGUCGGCCUGCCCGUCGGCGGCGCACGGAACGGCGCCGCUGGCAAGAGGAGCGAGCCGUGGCUGGGUCUCCGGGCGUUCAUGACGGCGGACCAGAGCUCGUUCUGGCCGGUGCCGACGACGAUGAAGGUCGAGUGGGACGCCUGA